CCCUUAUUCUCUCCCAAAAUUUCGCCGGAAAACCAAUCCUUUCCGGCGAUGUGUGAAUGAAGCCGAAACCCUAAUUUCUUCAGCUCUUGUCUUUGUUUCUUUCUUAUCUUUACUGGUAUGGCUUCGAUUUCUUGUUUUUCAUUCGUGAAGCCAAUCACUCGAAGCAAUUGCUUGCGUGAAGAGAGACAGUUUUGUUCAUUGAAGCAGUUGAAUUCGACUUUGAAAUCUUCUUUGUGUUCUGUUAGAAAAAAGUAUGGUUGUUGUUCUUUGGGUUUGAAACAUCGAAAGAGGUUCAGUGGUGGGUCAUCGUUUGCAUUUGCUUGCUCGACUUCGCCUUUUAUUGGCAGAGUGGGAGCGCAGAUACGAGAUGGGAAUGUUUCUUUGUUGUCGUUUGGGAUAGACCCUGAGAGUAUUUCGAAGCAGGUUAAGAGCGAUACAUCUCAGUUGUUAUCGGCAAUGCUUCCCUUUGUUGUCGCUGCGACUGCAGUUGCUGCUCUCACUCAACCUGCAACCUUUACUUGGGUAUCAAAAGAUUUAUAUGCUCCUGCUCUCGGUGGAAUCAUGUUAUCAAUUGGAAUUCGACUGUCAAUUGAUGAUUUUGCUCUUGCAUUCCAAAGACCUUUACCACUAUCUGUUGGGUUUAUCGCACAGUACGUGCUGAAACCAGCUCUGGGGGUGUUGAUUGCCAAGGCAUUUGGUGCACCCCCAAUGUUCUACGCAGGUUUUAUCCUCACAGCUUGUGUUGCGGGUGCCCAGCUAUCAAGCUAUGCCAGCUUCUUGGGCAAAGGGGAUGUGGCCUUAAGCAUCCUCUUGACCAGCUCGACCACAAUAUCCUCUGUGGUUUUUACUCCUCUUUUGACAGGCCUGCUUGUUGGGUCUGUUGUCCCAGUUGAUGCAGUUGCCAUGUCAAAGUCGAUAUUGCAGGUUGUGCUUCUUCCUAUCACUCUUGGCCUUGCGCUCAAUACCUAUGCAAAAUCAGUUGUCAAUCUUCUUCGGCCUGUGUUGCCAUUUGUUGCCAUGAUUUGUACUUCUCUGUGUAUUGGAAGCCCUCUGUCGAUUAAUCGUAGCCAGAUUUUGUCUUCCGAUGGUCUCCGAUUGGUUUUGCCAGUAUUGACAUUCCAUACUAUGGCAUUCACUGUGGGGUAUUGGGUAUCCAAAAUCCCAAUUUUGAGGCAAGAAGAGUCAGUUUGCAGGACAAUUUCAUUAUGCACAGGAAUGCAAAGCUCCACCCUGGCUGGGCUUCUUGCUACUCAAUUCCUUGGUAGCAGUCAAGCAGUGCCUCCUGCCUGUUCUGUUGUAGCCAUGGCUAUCAUGGGUCUUUGCCUUGCUUCCUUUUGGGGCAGGGGAGGCAGAAUUAGAGACGUAGCGUUCUUUCUCUUAUCAAAGACUGGUUCGGUUGUGAAGGCAUAGCGAACUGACUGUAUUCUAGCAAUCCGGGAACACUGGCCGCAUUCCCACAGUUACCCAGAGAAGCGAAAAGAAUUGCAGAUUGUGACUGGUCAGUUCCAUUCAUGUUCAUUUUGUUUAUGCACAGAAGUGGAGAGAGGACCUUGAGAAGCAGUAGGUGACUUUUCAGAGCAUAUAGUGGAGAGAACGAAGAAAUAUACAUUGUAGUACUGGAAAACAGAUAAUAGCUUAUGCAGAUCAGAUGAUAUUCCGAUUUUUGCACU